GAAUAGUAGUUAUAUUUUACUAACCGAAAUACCGAAAAAACCGAACCGAACCGAAACCAACCCGAUAUCCGGAUUGAACACCCCUAAUCCAAAUGAUGCCAAACUAUUGUUUCAUUCUCUAAAAUAUAAUAAAAAUAAUAACUUAAUCCCUCGCAAGGCGCGGGUCUUAUCCUAGUGUGUAAUUAUAGUAUAUGAAAUCCUUUCUAUCGGCUAUAUGAAUUAAUAUAUAGUUUUAUGGAAUGCUUCGAUGAAAACAAAGGAAUAUGCCUUUUGGAAUGUUUUAUCAAAUCUUACAUACUAAUAUGUCACCUCCAACGAUUUUAAUGAGUGUGCCAUUUAACUCCUAUAUUUUCAUAGGUAUAAAACUAUGUGAUCACUAUCAUUUAAUAAAGAGUUUAAUAAUCCAAAAACGAAAAAAAUUCAUUCGUCUAUAUAUAAUAAUUCAGAAGUCUAAUCGUUUGUUAUACAAUUAUCUUUUCUAUAAUCAUAACUAUGCCUCCACAUUCAAUUAUAAUACUAAAGUCUGUUCAGCUAUGUGGUUCUUGGUAUGAGUUUGGAUUUCAAAAAAAUUCGAGAUAUAAUAAUCCCAAAUCAAUAUAUUCACUUUUUAUAAUUCUUCAUUAAACAUAUUUAUAGAAACUAUUUAACAAAAAAUACUUCUAAUCUUAGAAGUAUAUAUAGAUUACCAAAUCAACAUUAGUUUCACCCAAAAUCUUACCUUACUGUUCAUACAAUCUAAACAAAUAAUUUUUUUAAAAGAUUUGAUUCCAUAUUAACAAUGUCAUAGACAAAUAUUAUGGAUAAAUAGUUAAGCUUAAGACUUACCAAUUAUUUUAAAAAGAUUAUAUAUUCCGAAUUUAUAGAGACACCACACCUAAUCUACACGCCCUUUUGGUAUAUAUACUACCAUCUACACCACCCAUUUCUACCAAAUCAAUACUAUAAUUUGAUUUGAUAGUAGAGAUCUUUUUUUCCAUCUUCUUUAUAUGUUGUCUAUCAAAAUAUACUGAUCUUUCUGGCAACCUUUUUGAACAGGUUUGAAUCUAUUCAAAUGAUAUUAGAGAUCUCUUUUCUAGCCUUUAUUUGUCAGUGGAUAAAAUGAUGAUUAUGUUCAGAAUAUAUAGAAAGGUGUCAGUCAAAGAUAAAUAUUUUUAUCUCUGACGGGUCGAUACUGAAGCAUGUCAGACAGAAGUUAGCCGAAGCCUGUAGAAGCUCAUCGGACUGAAAAUGUAAAUCAUCGGUAAUGACUUGCAAAACGUUAGUCUAUCAGUGAGGUAAACUGAAAAUAAAUAAAAAAUCAUAAUAUUUGUUAGAUUAUAAUAAGACUGAAAGAGCUUUGAACAUAUUUUCCUGCUAUCACCGAUGGUCUUCUGUAAAUCCAGAUGUUCAAUUGGAAUCAUAUCGAUGACUUGAAUGAUGGUUAUUUGGUUCUCUUAAACAUCUUUCAGAUGAUCCACUUCGACUUAUGCAAGUUUGACUCUGUACAAUAAACAACCGGAUCAGGUCAUGGAAAGGUAGAAAACUAAACCAAUUUUCUCAUAAUAUAAAGUUUCACUACCCAUGCUUUUGAGAAUCUUGAUUUGCAAGUUGUCGUUGUUAUCCACCAUUUUAUUUUCUUUCAAAGAGCUCACUAUUUUUUUUAUGAAUCAAGGUUGUUGACCGACCAGUGUAUGAUCGAAGAAAUUUUCAAAACCCAUCGUUUGACCCAUAAAUUUAGAGUUGAUGAGGCAAAUAAUCUGGACCAAUAAGGUCAGUAACUUAUUUGAGUAAUUCUAAUAUUUAUUGCAAAUCCAACUAUUGUUGAUGACUAAUGAUUGGUAUUCAAAAUCACUGAGGCCAAUGCCUUCUAUAUUAUUGUUUCCAAGUUUUGUUUCUUUUAUCUCUAUGAACAUUAAAAGUUUUUCUGAUGAUAGAUUCUCAUAUAAUAUUUUUUUGUAAAUGUAAUAGUGUAUACACAAUUAAAAAUAUUGCAAUAGCAUACUUAACCAGCGAUAAUAAAAAAAUAUGAUUUAUAUAAUAAACCAUCAAGUAUUUAAAUUAUUCUGAAUUAAAUUGUCCAAAAUAAAAAUACACUCAAUCAGACCACGAGACUAAAAUCUAUAUGGUAUAAUUUACAAACAUAGAUAUUUGACACACAUGUUGAAAAAAAAUAUUUGACACACAUAUACAUGUAAUCAUAUACCAAUUAUUUGAAAAUACAUAAUAUUAUAAUUUACAAGUGUUUUGUUUAAUAAAAUAAAAUUUCACAGUUGGAAAAUAGGGGAAGAUUGUUUGGUAGUUACAACAAAUUUCCCUAAUUAUUUUAUCUAAAAUUAAAAAAGAGUGGUACUCAUGUAAAUAUUUAGCAAAAUCAAGGGGGUGUAAAAAGAGUUGUUGUUGUAAUUGUAUUGAUGCUAUAAUUGUUGCUUUUUUCUUACGAUUUUGUGAAUAUUAUAAACUUAUUUUACAAGUUUUUUUUUUUUAUUUUACAAGUUUUAUUUCCUAUAAAUAAAAUUACCCGGCUCUUAUGGGGUUGAUUGGUUGUUAAUAUAGCUUUAUAUAUUUUUUUAUUUUAAAAAAUAGGCUGUGUGAGUUUUUUCCUUUGGCUUUAAUUUUUUUUGUUGUCGAUUUAUUUUCAAAACACUUAAUAAAAACUGUAAAAAAUUUAAUUUUGAAAGCUAACAUAUUUUAGUUUCUAACUUUUUUGCUGUAGCUUUACUUUUUUAAAGUAAAACAUAAUUGCUUUGAAAAUAUUGCUUUAAAAAGAAAAAUGGAUGUCCAAAGUACCUAUAGCCACAAAACCAUAAUGGCUUUAAAUGAAAUUAAGUUCGAUUAUAUAGAUAUCUAUACUAUUUAAUGUCGGGUAUGUUACCAUUUUGGGCUAGAAAGAAAUAUUAUGUUCAUUAAUUAUUAUUGAAAAAGUGUAUAUACUGCAAAAUGUUUUUCACAGUAUAUGACGUUCAUUUGUUACAUCCCUUGAAUAUAGCAAUUUAAAUAUGAUAUUUAAGCCAUAAAUGAUUUUAUUGAAUAAGUUUACAAAUAAUUAAAAAAAAUUAGUGAAAGACCAAAUAUCCCUUUAGACGAAAUUAAAUUGUACAAAAGUAAUAUUAUAAGGUAUUCUUAGUAAAUUCAAUCAUGUUUUAGUAAGAUAUAUAUUAUGUAGAUAAGAAAACUAAUGAGACUGUAGUCAUGGACAUAUUAUCCAAUAUCUCAAAAACAAACUAAAACCGAACCAAAAAAAACUGAAACUAAAACUGGAUAAAAAUAUACAAUAAUCUGAAUGGUUUCUACUUAUCUAAACCCAAAGAGCAAAAACCAAACUGAAAAUCAACAUAAUAGUAUUAAUUUAUAUAUAAUAUAAAUUUUUAAGAAAAAUAUCCAAAACCCCAAAUUACAUGAAUUAUCUGAUUUUUUAGUUUUUUUAGGUUUAACUCAGGUUUUUUUGGUGAUUUUGGAAUUUUUGGCUUUAGACCCAAAUAAACACACCCAAAUAAACCCAAACUAUUUCUAAUUCAGUUUACUUCGGGUUUUAUGAAAAAAAUAAAAAAAACUGACUCGAACUCAACAACACCCGAAUCGAUCUGAUUCGAAAAGUUAUGAUUUAUAAAUGGGUCUUAACAUCCGAGCCCCAAUAACUUGAAAAUUGAAUUAACCUAACUAACAUGAACCUAAAUUUUGAAUGUCCAUCACUAUGAGAUGUUAAAAUAAAUUAUUCUCAGUUAAAUAUCUUAAACUCAAAUAUUAAAACUUAUAGAUCAGAAAAAUUAGUAACUUUUAAAUCGAAAAUUUAACUAAAAUGUUAUCCCGCGCUUUCAAAGCGCGGGUCAAUAUCUAGUAAAUAUAUUAAAACGUAGUUAUAAAUACAUAGGUUUUGUAAUUUUAUAUUUCCUAUAUUUUUAAACCAGUAAAAAAUUUAAAAAUGUAAUAUAUAAUUUUGAAAUUCAAAAUUUUUCAUUAUUAAUUGACAAAAAUUACAUUGAAAAUAUAAAAAAUAUAUAUCUUUUUGAAACAAUUUUUUUCUCUAGAACAUGAAUUUUCUUUAAACGGAGGGUGAUAAUUUGUCUAUCAAAUUUUAGAAAUCAAUAAUGUGCAUGACAUAUCUAAGGAACAGAAAGAGCCCUCAUCUCUUUAGUUUUCUUUCCUCUUGCAUUGACGUCUCUCGAAGAUCAAUGGAAUCCCAUCAAAGAUGUUAAAUAAUAAUUUGCUUCCUAAUUUGUUUGUGGUAUCAUAUAAUAAUCUAGAUUUGGUCAAAUAACAACUUGCCUACCUUUUAUUUUGUGAAUUAAAUAAGAAUUUGCCAGCCAAAUUUCAGAAAUCAAUAAUGUGCAUGAAUCUCAAAGUACUAUAAGAGUCCUCAAAGUCUUUUCAUUUUCUUCUACUAUAGUUUGAGUUGAUAAAGAAAAUACACAAAAAUAAUAACAGUUAAAUACACAACCAAAUGAAUAAGUCAAUCUUUUUUGUCCUCUUCUCUCUUAUUCUCCUCUCUGUUCACGUGUUUGGAUUGACGCCUCUCGAAGAUCAAUGGAUUCCCAUCAAAGAUGUUAAAGACCCUUACGUUAUAGAGAUUGGUAAAUUUGCGGUCUCAGAGUACGCCAGAUUAAACAACCUUCAAUUGAAGUUUGUGACGGUUGUUAGCGGUGAUAUUCAAAUAGCCUCCAAUUUGAAAUAUUACAAGCUUAUAGUGACGGCUAACAGUGUCGGAAACGGCACGAGCAAAAACUAUGAAACAAUCGUAUGGAAGCUAAAAUCAAUAUCGGAACUCAUGGAUUUCGAGCCACUAUCUUAAAGAAUCGUUUGCUAUGAUGAUUUUAUAUGUAACUGAUUUUUUAUGUAAUAAAACAAGUUAAAAAAAACAAUAAUAAAAUUUUAAUAUAUUUUUUGCAAUUUAAAUGUUUGAAUUCUGGGUUUCAGAUUGAAUAUUUGGCCAAUAAUCUUCAACAAAGUUUCAGUAUCCGUUAAUUAUUCCAAACAUAUAAUCUACUAUAUAAAUUAUGAAUUUAUGGGUCACAAAUCUCUGGAGAGAUGAAGAUCUAUGACUAAAUAAAUAUUCCAAAGUUUAUACAAACUGUGAAUAUUACUUUCCGAAAUAUUAAAAUCUUCAUCCUUUUUAAACUCCUAAUUCUACUAAAACUUUACUUUCCUUUUUGUUUUUUUUUUAACUAAAAAUAUUUAUAUUUUCUGUGCAUCUUCUCUGUCUGUUUUGACUCGCUUCCUCUCUCCCUCUCUCUUUGUCCUAGCAGGUUACUCAUUAUAAAUACUUUCGUCGAACUCUCUUUCCCUAGGCUGUGUGGGAACAAGUAAAAAACGAAAUUACAAACUCUUUUGUGCUCUCUUUUACAAAACCCUAGAUAAGGAAUGGGGAAGCAGUUAAAGAAAGGUCGAGCUCCUCCAGGUGGGAAUCAGUUCUCCAAGAAGGUAGCUAAGCAAAGCGCGGAGACAGUGAUGGAACAAAGAUGUUGUGUGCAUUUUGAUAAAUGCGUUGAUUUGAAUAAGCUGUUGAAAAAGAUGAAAGCUUGUAAGGAAAUCAAGUGUGGAGAAUGCAAGGAAGGAGUGGACAUGAAGAGAAGAAGUGAAGGGAAAGUUAGUAGCUUUUCUUGUGAUGCUGCUAAGAGAGCUGUUUGGCUUUGCUUGGAGUGUGGCCGUUAUUGCUGUGGAGGUGUUGGUUUGCCAACUGAACCUCAGAGUCAUGUCAUGCAUCACAUCAAGAUGACGUGUCACCGUCUUGUGAUUCAGUGUGAAAACACUCGGUUGAGAUGGUGUUUCGCUUGCCAGUCACUGCUCCCUUUUGAGAAGGAAGUGAAUGGUGAGAGGAAAGAUUUGUUAUUGGAAGCUGUGAAGCUGAUUAAAGAACGUUCGUCAAAGAUUUGCUCUGGUGAAGCUGAGGCUGAAGAAGAUUCACGUUCAAGUAGUAGUAUCUCUGGUGAGAUCAGAGGUUCUGGUUAUGGUGUAAGAGGUUUAGUUAACCUUGGGAACACAUGUUUCUUUAACUCUGUGUUGCAGAACCUUCUUUCUUUGGAUCGGUUACGUGACCGCUUGUUUAAAGAGGAUCAGUCUUGUGGCGGGCCUCUUGUUUCCUCCCUGAAGAAGCUGUUCACAGAAGCAACAUCAGAAGCAGGCUUGUUCAAUAGUGUGAUAAACCCAUGGGACUUUUUUGGUUCUUUAUGUUCUAAGGCUCCUCAGUUUAGAGGGUAUCAGCAGCAUGACAGUCACGAGCUGCUAAGGUGUCUGUUGGAUGGUUUGAGCAUGGAAGAAUCGAGCUUGAGAAAGAAGCAUGAUGCUGAUGAGAGUGAGAAACCUACUCUGGUAGAUUAUGUGUUCGGUGGUGAAGUUUCAAGCACCAUCUCUUGUUUGGAAUGUGGACAUUCCUCAAAGGUUUAUGAACCCUUUUUGGAUCUCUCUUUACCUGUUCCCUCCAAGAAACAAACACUCUCUCAGGAAGAGAGAAGUAAACUUUCACCACCAACAAAGGUCCUUGAGAAUGUGGCAGACAGCAAAGAUUCAUCAGAACCUGUGUCAACUAUGACCUUUGACAAUAAUCAGGUCCCUGAAAUUAUUGUAACACAAAAGGAUAUGGAAGAAGUUGGUAGUUUUUUGUGUGAAUCUUUUGGAAUAGAAGUCUCUCACAAUGAGACCGAUCUGGUUUCUCAAGGUGGUGUUAGUGAUAAUGAAGACAGAAGUGCAAAACGAAAAGAUAAAGAGCCUAUUAUGCAGUGUAGUAAAGACACAGCCUUAAAUGGGAUUGAUGAGGCUCAAGUAUGGGGCUAUCCUGAUUUAGAGCAGAGUUCUUCAUCUGCAAAUCCCUUGGCUGAUGAAGAGGUUCCUUUGCUGGUUGUAGAUUCUCAAGUUAUGAAUAUGCCUUAUAAAGAUGAUAAAGCAGUUGCAGAAGGUAAGGGUGCGAAGCAGGCUUGUUCAAUAGUUAGACAGACUUUUGAAAGUAGCACAGAAACGCUGAUGCAUGAUAAUGACAGAAGUGCAAAACCAGAUAAAGAGGCUAUGCAGUGUAGUAAAGACACAGCUUCAAGUGAGAUUUCAGCAGAGAUUGAUGAGGCUCAAGUAUGGGGCUAUCCUGAUAUAGGGCAUAGCUUUUCAUUUGCAAAGCCAUGCGCUGAUGAAGAGGUUCCUUUGUUGGUAGCAGACUCUCAAGGUGGUGUUAGUGUAAAUGACGAGGGAAGUGCAAAACAAAAAGAUAAAGAGGCUAUUAUGCAGUGUAGUAAAGACACAGCUUCAAGUGGGAUUGAUGAGGCUCAAGUAUGGGGUUAUCCUGCAAAUCCCUUGGCUAAUGAAGAGCUUCCUUUGCUGGUUGUAGAUUCUCAAGUUAUGAAUAUGCCUUAUAAAGAUGACAUAUCCUAUGAUGAUAAAACAGCUGCAGAAGGCAAGGGUGAGAAGCAGGCUUGUUCAAUAGUUAGACAGACUUUUGAAAGUAGCACAGAAACGCUGAUGCAUGAUAAUGAUGGAAGUGCGAAACCAGAUAAAGAGGAUGCACAAGCUAUGCAGUGCAGUAAAGAGACAGCUUCAAGUGAGAUUUCAGAAGAGAUUGAUAUAGGGCAUAGCUCUUCAUCUGCAAAGCCAUGCGCUGAUGAAGAGGUUCCUUUGCUGGUAGCAGACUCUCAAGUUCUGUAUAUGCCUUAUAAAGAUGAUAAAACAGUUGCAGAAGACAAGGGUGAGACUUCCUCGUCGUAUGUGAGCGGCCACCAUGACCAAACCGUAGAUUAUGUUGACUUUAGCUGGUUUUUUAAAGAGCCUGACGUCUCUUGUGAUGAUAAAACAGUUAGGGAGUGUGAGGAUGAAGUUUCCUCUUCACUAGUGAGCAGCCACCAUGGAAAAACCGUUGAUUAUGCUGUCCUUAACGAGCCUGACGUCUCCUGUAAUGAUAAAACAGUUAAGGAACGUGAGGGUGAAGUUACCUCGUCACUAGUGAGCAGCCACCAUGGAAAAACCGUUGAUUAUGCUGUCCUUAACGAGCCUGACGUCUCCUGUGGUGAUAAAACAGUCAAGGAAUGUGAAGGUGAAGCUCCCUCGUCAUUUGUGAGCAGCCACCAUGGACAAAAGAUAGAUAAUGCUGACUAUUACUGGUUUUUCGAAGAGCCUGAGGUAUCUAAAGGACCAGCUUUUGGACCACCAACUAAAGCUGAAGUUUCUGAAGCUGGUUUCAUGGGUGUCAGCUGCAACUCUGAUGCUGAAGUAGUGCUUGAUGAUUCGGAUUCACCUGUCUCUGUAGACACCUGUUUGGCUAUGUUCACCAAGCCUGAGAUUUUGUCAGAAGACAAUGCUUGGCAUUGUGAGAACUGUUCGAAAAACCUAAAACUCCAACGGUUGAGAGAAAAGAGAGAAAGAUUUGGCUAUGGAUGGGUGUAUGAUAAUGGUUUUGAUGAGUGCAGAGAUGAUAUAUUCAACCAAUCCUUUAUAGAUUUCAAUAACUGGGAUACCAUAUAUGAUGAUGAGGCAGUAGAUUCAGAGGAAGUGGUUGUAAGAAGAGCUGCAAUUAAAAGGGUACAAGUAAACAAGGCACCACCUGUCUUGACCAUUCAUCUCAAAAGGUUUAGCCAAGACGCCCAAGGCAGGCUAAGCAAGUUACGUGGCCAUGUUGCUUUCAGUGAGUUUAUCGAUCUUGGCCUAUAUAUGGAUAUGGACUCUAGGCAGGACGAAGAAGACCAGCCGGUUUACAUGUUGGCAGGGUUAGUGGAGCAUUCCGGGACAAUGAGGAGAGGUCACUAUGUUGCGUACAUUAGAGGAGACGAUAAGGAGAGGAGAGACUCAUCCGUUUGGUAUCGUGCAAGCGAUUCUUUUGUAAGACAGGUUUCUUUUGAAGAAGUUCUUCCUUCUGAGGCGUAUAUCUUAUUCUACCAACGUAUCUGAGAACUCGCAGCAGGCCAGUAUCUUUUGAUGUUCUUCAUUCACAGUUUGUGCUGGUGAACAGAAGAAGAAAUAGAACAGAGAGAGUAAUAGUUUUUUGUUUUUAUUUUCUUGACUACAGUUUUUAUCACUGAGAUUUUCUUUUAACAUGUAAUUGAGUUAUUAAAUUAUAUUAUAAACUUGGCCUUGUUUGAAAGUUUGAUUAUAGACUUCGUUAUUUAUACAAACUUUAAUAAUCUUCAAAGUAUGCUUAUGCUCCAUCGAACUAAAUCUUAGCAGCGGUUCCUUGAACGUCAAGCGAUAGUGAUUAAAAGAGAAGAAACAUAGGGACCAACAAUUGAUUUCGGUCAAGUAUCGAUUACGGAUGUUGGUGUCGUUAGGUAGGUCCUCAACGAACAAUGGCUUGUCACUUAAAGAGAAAAAAAAACUGCUGAAAUUAGGAGACAAAUAGAAGUUGUGAGGCAAUUUAGGCAUUUAAGCUCCUGUAGGUGUUUAAGUAGCACAAAAUACAUUCUAAUGUAAUAUUAAUUCGAAAAGUGCAUUUAAAUGUAAAUCUCUCUUUAUAUAUAUAUUAUUUUUUUGCUAAAAAUCUCUCUCUUUGGCGAAACGAAACAAAGUUGAUUCCUUAUACAAGAACCACCUUGGGAGAAUUAAGUCAACAUAAACCAUAGUAGAAGGUUGAUUUUUAACACCUUGUGCCAGCUUGUCUGCCAUUGUGUCUUCUUCUCUCGGAAUAUGCUGAAUAGUAAAAGGAUGAAAAAAAUCUUUACAUCACAGAAACUCUUCCAUGUGUAUAGUGAAGGUCGUCCAUUCUGUUGGUGUAUAGACACCAUCUUUAUUUAGUUUACAUGGCAGAAACUCUUAAAAAUCUCUCUUUAUAUUGCAUUAUCAGUUUCACUUAGGUAACUUUAUUUACCUAUCUCAAAUAGGGUACUGAUCUUUGGUCUGGGCUGGAGAUCAGAGGAAACUUGCAUUGCUUCUACCUACGCUGUUUUGAGAAUUGACCGUCAUGUUGUUAGAUAUUCCAUAGGGGUGUGGGGGCGGGGAUUGUUAGAGUGACUGUAUAAGUACCUAGCAAAAUACAUGUACGUAGACAUAAAGGUACAGAUCGAGUGCUUAUAGAACAUAGGGUGAUAGAGACCGGGUAUAUGAUUCGUUAUAGAUAUGAUAAAUUAACCAAAAAAGCAUUGAAUACAAUAUAAUUUAAUUGUUGGUGAUAUCAAAGGGAUAUAUUCUUAGGGUUAUAGUUGACAAAAAAAAAAAUAUUCUUAGGGUUAUCAGGUGAACAUACAAAACGCGUCGCAUCAGAUAUGACACAUCACAUCUGAUGAUAUUCGGUUUUGCUCGAAAUAUUGGUUAAACCCGAUCUAAAAGAGUAUCUAUUAAUAAUAGCAAUUUCAAUUAAUUUUAAGAUUUCUGUGUUAUUAUAAGAAUCUCAAUUCUUAUUAAAAGUUGUGUUUGUUCAUUAAAGUGACUUUUGAUUAAAGAUUAUAUAUCUUCAAGAUGAAAUUAUUGUAAAAGUUUAUAAAUAAAUACUAUAUUGUGUCUUUUGAUCAUAAAAAAAUAUUAAUUAAUUUUUUGUUUAAAAAGUUAUAUAUUACCAUUAUAAAAGUGCUAUUUUAAAUAACAAAUUAAAAUACGAAAUGUUGUAAUUACAUUUAUUGGAAUAUUUUCAUUCUUUUAUUUUAAAUGUAAUAGUUUUGAAAGUUGUAUAUUUUCAUAAGAAAUAGAUGCAAUUUAUCUUAUAUAUUAAAACAGAAGUCACAACCUUGAUUCAUAUGUGAUAUUUAAAAAAAUAGACUCUCACUAGAAAUCAGUUAUGAUUCAUUUGUUCCUACUAAUAUGACUUAAUAAUAUAUCAUUCCUAAUAUAACAAUCGACUCCUAUAAAACCGGAUUGGUUAACAAACACAUAUUUGAUUCCUUAAUAAAUUAUACAUAGUAGUAAUAUAAACCAUUGUAUAGUUCAAAAUACUGAACCGAUUUAAAUAAUUUAACCAA